UUCCUUUGGGAUUGACUGGUUUGAUCUUGUAGUCCAAGGGACUCUCAAGAGUCUUCAGCACCACAGUUGGAAAGCAUCCAUUCUUCGGUGCUCAGCCUUCUUUAUGAUCCGUCUCCCACAUCCACCGUUUUGGCUAAAUAUUAGAACUACUUUUCAGGUCAGAGGAUACAGAUCUGUCUCCUCCUUUGUUUUUUUUUUUUUUUUCCCCUGGCAUGUGGGAUCUUCCCCAACCCAAGGAUCAAACCCAUGCUGCCUGUAAUGAGAGCGAGGAGUCUUAACCACUGAACCUCCAGGGAAGUCCUGUCUAUUCUUCUUAAUGUCUGGGUAGUGUUUCAUUGUUGAUUGAGUUUUUGUUUUUUUGAACCAGUCUUCUCUCCAUGAAUUUUGAGUUCAUUUCCCUUUUUUUUUUUUGCUAUAGUGAGUAAAAAUGCUCAGCAGACAUCCUUGUUUCAUAUAUCCUAAUAUGCUAUUGUAAGAACUGUGUAUUUGUAGGCUUAAUUCUUAGUAGUUAGUUUUGGACCAAAUAGUAAAUGCUUUUUCCAUCUUGAUCCAUGUUACCAGAUUAUCCCUAGGGAUUACACCUGCACAUUUUUUAAAAUUAAUUUUUAUUGGAGUAUAGUUGUCACACAUUUAAAAAUUUGUGCAGGUCUGAUGGGCUAGGAAUGGUAUGUCAUUUUUUUCUUUUUGUAAUUCACAUGUCUCGAUCAUGAAUAAAACUAAACAUCUUUUCAUACGUCUUUUGAACCUUCUUCCGUAGGAUUAUCUGUGUGAGCCCAAAUCUGUUUGAGUUAUAAUAUAAAUUAAGGAAUUUGGAAAGUAGCCCUUUGUGAGAGGUGCAUGUACUUUCCCUCAAAACGUUGUUUGUCUUCUGGCUUUGUUGGGGGGCGGUUAUCAUAUAUUUCUAUGUUGUCAGAUGUAUUUGUGUUUGUCUUUGUUCCUUCUGGGAUUUAUGUCAUGCUUGCAAAGGCCUCUAUGUCUUUAUUAUAAAUAAACUCACCCAUGCUUUUCAUUUAGUUAUUUUUUGGUGGUAGUCAAGUCUUUAAAAAAUACUGUCAUACUGGGGGCGGUGGGGAUGGGACGGGAAAGGAUAGUUAAGGAGUUUGGGCUGGACCUGUACACACUGCAGUAUUUAAAGUGGAUAACCAGCGGGGACCUCCUGUAGAGCACGGGGAACGCUGCUCAGCGUGAUGUGGCAGCCUGGGUGGGAGGGGAGUUUGGGGAAGAAUGGAUACAUGUGUAUGUGUGACCGGGUCCCUUUGCUGUCCACCUGAAACUUAUAACGUUGUUAAUCGGCUGCACCCCAGUAUGAAAUAAGAAGUUUAAAAAAAUGUUGUCAUAAGACUGUAAUGACAUUAAAUAGAAAUAAUAGGGCCCUUCUUACAUGCCCUAGUGCUUUAUAAGAAAUGGGUAAAGAUGCAGUACCUUUGAAAACUUGGGGAGCUGUAUUUUCCAUUAAUCAGGCAUUUUGUGUGAGCUUGUGCGCACUCAUGGCUCGUUCGCCUCUUGCUCACAUGCAGUGGAUGGAGCAGGCUGCGGGGAAGAGCAGAGUGGUGAUGAACGGGUGUCUGUCCACCCUUCCCAGGGUCAGCUGUGUCUAUUAGAUUAUGGUCAGCUGGUUUCCCUGUCUUUGCGAAGUGGCUUUUUUAAAGCUCCUUGGUGUAAAAUGUGUGUAUUCCUAGUGAGCUUUGGACUCUGGGUGAGGGGGUGUCAUCCCUUGUUUGUAACAUUUCAGAGCAGCCUCUUGUUCAGAUGCUUGGGUGUGGUCAUGUGUUCCUUUUUCGGGUGGGAGCUCGAAGAGAUUUCAGGCAGCUUUACUCGCUAAGCCUUGUUGUCAUAUGGUCUUGCAUCAGAUUUUUGUUUUCUUUUCAGAGCGUGCGUGCACAUUUAUUUCUAGGAUCCCUCUCCUUCACCUUUUACUUCCAGCCUGUCGGUCGAGUCUCCCUGGCUGACUUGUGUGGUAAUUGAUGGGCCAGCACCUCUCCCCUGUGGCUUGUGCCCACACUGCCUUGCCGAGUGAAUGGCCUCCCUUCCCUGGCUAUCCAGUCUGUCCUAACUCUCCAGCCUGUGGUCGUGGUCUUCCGAACCAGCUCACUCUUGGCUCCGAGUGGUUCUGACUUGCCCUGGCCUGCGCUGGCCUUGCUGCUUCCUCAGUGCUUUCGGAGCUGGCUUCCUCACUACUUGGUCAGUCCUGAGUAGCCCCUCACACUCUGCUUUUGCUUUUCUUUUUUUAGGAGUAUUUACUUAGCUGCAGCACACAGACUCCUCUCUGGCGGCGGAGCGCAGGCUCCGGAGCGCGUGGGCUCAGAGUCUGUGGCUCGAGGGGUCUUAGCUCUCCAGCCACGGACUGAACCUGUGUCCCCUGCGUCGGAAGGCGGGUUUUUAACCACCGACCACCAGUGAAGUCCCUGCUCUUGCUUUUUAGACUCCAGUCUCAGUGCUGCUUUGGAUUCUCUUGAACUUGGGCUGAACUUGUGUCUUCUUGGCAGCAUCUGCUCUCUGUGACUUUCACCCUGGAAUACCAGAAGGACCGCUUACUUGAGCCUGGGAUCUGUGGCCUCUAAUGAACAGAGGCUUUAGCAUAUAAAGAUAGCUGUUUAUUUAAAGCAGGUUAAAAUCAGCCAGGGUGCAGGGCUCUGAUGGGGAAGAGGGAAUAAAAGCUGUGAGUGUGAAGGGCAUAAUAUACCGCAGCUGGAGGGCCACCUGGGACUGUUUUUCUGCUUAGGGCCCUUCCUUCUACAAGUGCCUUCGAUCCAGAAAAGAGGGAGAUUUUGAUCUUGAAAGAGGGUGCUGUCGUAAAUUCCUAGAACUGAGACUGCUCACUCACAGGGUAUGUGCACUUGUAAGUUUGGCGGGUAUUACUAAAAUGCGCCCCUUUGCCUUCUCCAUCUCCCUCCUCCUCACAGAGGAAGGAGUCAGAGCCCUGGGCAGCAGUAGGAGGAUAUUUGUCAUCUAUCACUGUCCCUUUCUCUGGCCACCACCCUUGUGCAGGAGUGUAAACUAGGUCAAGCUUUCUUUUCCUCGUGCCUUUUCCUCAAUUCCCCUGCCUCCCUGAGUGGUCCUGCUGUUACCCUUGAGCAAAUCAAACAAGGAUAAGGGAUUAUUGUGUAGGGGCUCUAGAUGGCCAGACUUUGCAGCAGUCCUGAAAAAGUUAGCCUCUUGGAGCCUCAGUUUCCUCACCUCUCAAGUGAGGGUGAUAGUACCUGCCUUCUCAUGGAAGGUCAAGACGAUUGAGUGAAAUACUACAUAUAAGGCCUUUACAACUUGCUCAGCCUGUAUGGAGCGUUCAGUAAACCUUGGUUAUUGAUAAUGGUGGUGACAGACUUUCCCAGGUAUUGGGGAAGGCUCGGGAGUGUGGUGGAAGAUGGCAGGGAUCCCCUUUUACAAUUGCCGAGGCUGGUGUGGGGGUAGCUGGACGGAUGGCAAGGCUGCCCGCAUCCUUCCCAGAACCUGCUGUUUGGACCAGUGACGGCAGAGUCUCCUCAGCUGACUGUGGCAGGGGCUGUGUGAAGGUGAGCGAUGCCUCCAGAGGCGCGAAAGGACUCCAGUGAAGGAAGCUGGGGAGCAGAGAGGCUUGUGUGUCCAUCGGUUGAAUGAGCAGAAGAGGGUUAUGAAGAAAUAGAGGAGCUGACAAUUUUGAACUUCGCAGCAGACCAUUUCAACUAAUAUUCUCUUCAGAUUACGCUUCAUGUCAGUAGAAAUGGACAGCAGCAGUUUUAUUCAGUUUGAUGUGCCCGAGUACAGCAGCACCGUCCUGAGCCAGCUAAACGAACUCCGCCUGCAAGGAAAACUAUGUGACAUCAUUGUCCACAUUCAGGGUCAGCCAUUCCGAGCCCACAAAGCCGUCCUUGCGGCCAGCUCCCCCUACUUCCGGGACCAUUCAGCACUAAGUACCAUGAGUGGCUUGUCAAUAUCAGUGAUUAAAAACCCCAAUGUGUUUGAACAGUUGCUUUCAUUUUGUUACACUGGAAGAAUGUCCUUGCAACUGAAGGAUGUUGUCAGUUUUCUGACAGCAGCUAGCUUUCUUCAGAUGCAGUGUGUCAUUGACAAGUGCACGCAGAUCCUAGAGAGCAUCCAUUCAAAAAUCAGUGUGGGAGAUGUGGACUCUGUGACCGUCGGUGCGGAAGAGACCUCGGAGAGCCGCAAUGGAGUGAAAGACAGCAGCUUCUUUGCCAACCCGGUGGAGAUCUCCCCGCCGUACUGCUCUCAGGUACGGCAGCCCACCACAAGCAGCGAUCUUCGGAUGGAGACCACACCCAGCAAAGCUCUGCGCAGCAGCCGUUUACAGGAGGAAGGGCACUCGGACCGAGGGAGCAGUGGGAGCGUCUCCGAGUAUGAGAUCCAAAUCGAGGGGGACCAUGAGCAAGGGGACCUGCUGGGGAGGGAGAGCCAGAUCACCGAGGUGAAAGUGAAGAUGGAGAAGUCCGACCGGCCCAGCUGUUCCGACAGCUCAUCCUUGGGAGACGACGGGUACCACACGGAGAUGGUUGAUGGGGAACAAGUCGUGGCCGUGAACGUGGGUUCCUAUGGUUCUGUGCUCCAGCACGCCUAUUCCUACUGCCAGGCAGCCUCACAGCCGGCCAGUGGUGUAUCUGAGGCGUUUGGAAGUUUGAGUAACUCCAGCCCCUCCAGAUCCAUGCUGAGCUGUUUCCGAGGAGGACGGGCCCGCCAGAAGCGGGCCCUGUCCGUCCACCUGCACAGUGAUCUGCAGGGCCUGGUGCAGGGUUCCGACAGCGAGGUCAUGGUGAAUAACCCAGGCUUCGAGAGCAGCCCCAGGGAGAGGAGCGCGCGAGGUCACUGGUACCCGUACAACGAGAGGUUGAUCUGCAUCUACUGCGGCAAGUCCUUCAACCAGAAGGGAAGCCUUGACAGGCAUAUGCGACUCCACAUGGGAAUCACGCCCUUUGUAUGCAAGUUCUGCGGGAAGAAGUACACGCGGAAGGACCAGUUGGAGUACCACAUCCGGGGCCAUACCGACGACAAGCCGUUCCGCUGUGAGAUCUGCGGGAAGUGCUUCCCUUUCCAAGGCACCCUCAACCAGCACCUGCGGAAAAACCACCCUGGCGUGGCAGAAGUACGCAGUCGCAUGGAGUCCCCCGAGAGAACGGACGUGUAUGCGGAACAGAAACUAGAAAACGAUGCCUCGGCCUCAGAGAUGGCCCUGGAUUCCCGGAUGGAAAUUCACACGGUGUCCGAUGCUCCUGAUUAAGAUGGUUAAAAAAAAAAAAAAAAAAGUGCACCCACGCAAAGCACAUUAGUCAAUGCCUAUUUGUGAUUUGCUUUGUUGUCAUCUUUGGUUUUCCCAACCAUCUGGAAAUCUCUUGGUCUCUUGGCAGUUUUUCUAAGGUUUCUGGAAGGAACACUUCAUGGUGUUUAUCCUUUCCCACCCCCCGCCCUCCCUCCCCCAAGGAGCUCAAAGCAUGAAGGGCAAUGUAUCCAGGGAAAACAGGCUGACAGUAUUCCUCUUUGGCCGAACUCUUCAUCCAAAAUCUGCCAGUGAUUUAGCUAUGCCAACUGGUUGACCCUCCGUUUCUGCCAAGAGGCAUACUCUCUGAUUGUGUGCACUGGCGCCAGUGCAUUUCCAUGGAGAGAGACUGGGAUGCCGUCAGCUGAUACAAAUGGGUAACCUUUUCUAAUUUAAAAUUACUUUUAGGGGGUAGUUAGACAAUUUAUAUAUAUAUAUAAUAAAGUGAUUAUUAUAUAUAUAGUAUAUAUACAUUCUCAAAUUUGAUUUUAUUCUGGUUGAGGUGAAUGUAAGAGGAAUAUAUAAUUUAAUACAAUGUGAACAGGGCUUUGGACUCUGUCUCGUCCCUACCUAAUAUGUUAGGGUUUUGCCCCUUUAUUUCCCUUAUUAAAGAAUGUUAAUAGGUUUUCAUAUAUAUAUAUAUAUAUUAAUCAUUGUGUCCAAAAGCAAGCAAAGCAAAUCACAGUGUUCAUAGCUCUGCUUCAUAACAAACUCAUAAACCAAAUGCCAUAAAACGUAUUCAACUCUCGUUGGAAACCAUUUGGAAUUUUUGUUAGUUGUCCAGUUAGGUAAGCUGGAUGACCCGUGGUGCUGACCUUUUUACAUAUUGUAGUGUUAUAUUAGCCAACCCCAAAGGAGCAGUGGUUUUCAAUGUUUUUACUGGCCUCCGAAUCUACCUUCAUUCCGUACUGUAGAAACACACAUACCAGGUAACUAAAUCGAAUCACUCUCUACCGUGAGUUAGUACUCACAAUAAAGGAAAGGAAUUUGUAGUUCUGUCUACAAAAUUCUCCAAGCAGUGUUGUGGUUUUUUUUUCGUUUUUUUGUGUUUUUUUUUAACCUUUCUCUUUUCAAACAGCCAGUUCAGGUGCACAGCAACUUUUUCUACGUGCAGUUCCCAGGGAAACUGCAGAACUUGGAAUUUGUACUUUUUGUAAAGAUAUACUCUAUGGGAAUUGCAAGCAAUAUAUCUAUCUUAGUAUUGUGUGUGCUGACGAGGGCCUCACCGGCUCCCCCACUCUCAGUGUUUCCUGCUUAAAGAAACCAACAGUUAAAAAGCCCUCUGAGAUACUGUGUGUGUCACCAAAUCUCUGUGUGUCUCCAUUUUUUUGGUCACGUGGUGCUAUUUUUUAUGUUAUGUAUCUUUUAGGUCAGUAUAGUUGUAGCAAAUGUGAAAUGUAAUGGUAAAAGUGAAUUACAAUUUUUUUUUUCCUCUCCUGAGUUUAUAGCUUGAAAAAAAGACCUCAAAAGCAUGUGCUGGCAAACACAUUACUGUAUUUAAAAAACAAAAAAAACCCGAGUCCUAUUUGGAUAAUGUUUUAUUAGUGCUUGAGGAAAUGUCUUGAGUUUUAUAUUUUGUUCACCCAUGUGCUUCUGGUAUACAAAACAGGCUCUAUAAGAUUGCUCCGGUACUGUAUACGCCAGCAGAGAGUAAUGUGAGCAGUUUAGUGUUGAGUUUGUGCCAUGGGCCACUGGUAAGUAUCAGCACUCCAGACUCUUCUGCUUUGAGAACCUUGGCCAUGAAACUCACAACCAGCGUGUCUCCCCAGGAGAAUAGCACAAACCCCGUGAGAGGAAAAAAAAAAAGUGAAACCUCAGAAGCAAGGAGUUAAAAGGAAUACAAAAAUAGAUGUUUGCCGGUUUUCCAUGCUUUUUUGGCUCUUAAAAUACCAAGAAUGGAGUUGGGGUGGGGGAGUGUUUGGGGAUUUUUGUUUUGUUUUGUUUUUUGGUUCUGGGGGGAAAAAAAAUCAUUCAGGCCCUUGUGUGUGACCGCCCCCCCAGGGUGGUAGCUGUGCAGUAGCAUCUCUUCAGCACAGGGGGUCUGUCCACACGGCGUGACCACCAUGCUCCACAUCAGUGUUACUACGUCCAGACACACGCGAGUCCUGCUGCUCAAGGAGCAGCUUCUGCUAACCGGGUAUAUAGUAUGCCUUUUCCUGUCAGACUGCCUAAGUCCGGGGCCUGUUCUCUCCCUGAAGCACUUGUUCAACUCCUAUCAAAGCCCUGUGCCUCAAGGGGAGGCUGGACCCCCAGUGUUUACCCACUUAAAUAUGUUCUGGGGUUUCAGGUAAAUGUUUGUAAUUUUUUUUUUUCCUUACAUGAAUAAGUUUGGUUUUGAUUUUUUUUUUUCCUUCAAAGAAUUAAAUGCAAAAAAUUUGUGUUGUGAUACAAAUUAAAGUUUGUGACAAGAAACACCCAAAUCGAGGACACGAGAGGUCAGGCUCAGGGAAGGAACCUCCUUUUCACUCAGGCUUGGGGCCUUCCUCCUGAGAGGUCUCCAGAGCAUUCUGUGAUACACGAGACAAGUGAGGAGGGAAGGCACUUGGGGCAAGCGCCUCCAAUGUCCUGGUUCUUGUCACCGUGUCCGUCUUAACCUUAUGUACAUGGAGUUCUUCGUGUGUGUAAAUUUGUUUAACUGGUUUGAGUUUACCAAAGAGUGACUUAUCCAAAAUUGUCUUUGACAAAAAAAAAAAAAAAAAAUCUACAUUGCUUUGAUUGUACAGUUCAGGUUCAGACAUUGUAAUGGGACUGUUAAGGGGCAGAAAAAUUGAUUGCGUUUCUCUCGAGUAAUGAUUCCACAUUUUGCAAGUUCCGCUUGCUCCCAUUCGUGUUGCUCACACUUGACCUUCUCCACUGCUAGCAGUGCUCAGAGUGAAUUCUCAAGCCAUAACCCAGUACUGUAAGGCUCCACAGGGCUUCGCGGGAGGCCGCGCCAGGCCGGCGCGGGGCUGGGCGCCGUGCUCCUCGUGUGCGCGGCCAGUGAAGGCUGAACUCCCUUCAGAUCGGGCAGCAGCAAUUAAUUGUGCCUUGUCACAUGAGGAUGUGCCAGGAGGAUUAACGUGACCACACAGCAGAAACAUUCUCUCCCCGAAGUUCACUUCACGUCUCCACAGACGAAGUCCGCUGUGUAACUCUUUAGAGCGACUCUUUCUUUUUUUUUUUUUUUGGAAAGCAAAGUCCCUAUUUCUGUACAGUUUUAGGUUAGAUGUUUCACUUAUAACAAAUGCAAAAACAAUUAAGACACAAGUGAUAUGUGAAGAAGUCUUUUACAGUAAAAUAUAUCCUGAAUCCAUAUAGGUUCGUUCAUAAUUGAGUCUCUUCUCGAGCUACCUUUUCAAACACGUAGGCAAUGUGAAGACAGUGACAGCGUCCUUUUCUAGAGGUGUUUAACCUGUUCUUACAAACUGUGAAAACAAAGAAUUUUCUACUUUUACUAAUGUUUGUGGUUUUAAACAGUUAUUUUCAUUCUAAUCAGUUCUCUACCCUCUUAAUUUCUACUAAAGCUGUAAAUACAUUUAGAGAUGAUAUUUGUAAAUACAGUAUAUGAAGUCAAGUUAAUUUUGGGGUCAGUGGAGAACCUCCCAAUUGGCUCUGCCUUGGCAGUUUUGUUUUUUGUUGUCGCUGUGUUUUUUUUUAACAGCAGAAAGGAUACUGUCGGUUCACUGUUAAGCAGAAUAUACUGUAGAGCUAAAUUGAUAACUUCUAAAUCUUCCAGAGCAUGACUAGCUGUCUUUUCUAAUGAUAGCAGUUAUAUAACCAAGUCUUUAUUUGUCCCUUAGCCCAGACCAUAGGCCUGCAUAUAUUUGUGUGUGGUUUUGUUUUUACUUUAGUUUUUAUAGCCUCUAGGAAGAGUUUGCAGGAACACAAAACAAGGACUGGGACAGGGGGGAAAUCAUCUAUGUGAACGAGCUUUACUUUAAAGAAAUCAAUGUAUUUUAUUUUAACAAUGUUUUCCAUUAGUUACUGUGAUUUUCUGUUUUGUUCUUUUGUUGUUGUUGUUACUGUUGUCGUCGUCAUUAUUGUUAAAAUUCUGUAAUGGUUUCCUGUGAAGCCUCCACUGAAAGGGACUCAAAUAUGCAACACCUAAACUAUUUUCCAAGGGCACAUGCCCCUUGAAUGGUGCUUCUAGACUGGUCAGGGUUAUUUAUUAAAUUUUAUAUAUGAAAGUAUUGGGGAAUUAUGUAAAUUCUUUAUAUGAAACUAUCUAGUUCAUAAAUCAUAGAUUUCAUAUUACUCAGUGCAACUGAACUGAAAGUUCAGAAGAGUCAUUCACAUUGUUCGAAAUUUGUAAUGGUUGUCACACGUCACAUACGUCUUUUCAGUAAGUGCCAGAGUCUUUGCACUGUUUCUGCCCAGUGCUUGACUCCUUGGCCCACAAGAGACCCUUUUCUCUCUGGUUCCCUUGGGUCUGGCACAGACAGGGCUGGUGUAGUUCUCGAUCAAGUCCUGGAGUAAGCCUUGCAGCAGAUUCAGUAAACAGACCUCUUGCUGCCCCCUCAGUGACAAGUAUGCUGUGAAUUCAACCUUUGGACUUGCUGCCCAAGCCUUUGGUUGCUGCCCUGACUCUAGUAAGAGGUAAACGUAUGGUUUGUUCGAGAAUGACCAUUUUCCUAAUGUGAAAACCAUCUUUCUCACCACUUUGAUUAGUAGGGCUAACAAUUUUUUUCCGUUAUAAAUGGUUGAGCAAUUUGAAUGACUUAACACAGUGUCAUUAUCUUGCAAUAUAAACUGGUAACCUCACAACUCCACACUUCAUCGCCAUAUGAAGUAAAUGAAGCUAGCUAAGCGGAUGCUGUAUCAACUCGUAACUUGCCAUUAAGGAUUAUUUUAUAGCAUGAAUUUAAGACUAUUUAUUCAAAUGAUAUUUUACCCUUGUAUUCAUUUUGUUUUAGAUUUGUGACAUUGAAUAUUUCAGUGCUGCUUAAUUUUGUUCUGAACUCUUGUUUCUUGCUUGUAAAUGGCUUUUUUAUGGUAUAAAGUCAAUGGAAAUUGCUGUUUGUAAAUAAAAAUGCUGCUAGAGCAAA